AUGCCUGUCCGACCGCGUGUAGAUCCGGGGAGUGUCGAAGUUCAUUGGUCUUCUAGCGUGCCGUACAAGUUUGCUUUGGCUGCUGCUCAAAAGUUCUAUGUACUUCAAAAGAACAGAUUCAACUACUAUCUCGAUAAGAUAUCAGAGGAAAGCUUCCUGACCGCGGAUGAAGGCCGAGGCUCUUCCAAGGGAAUCAAGCUUUGGGGAAAGAGGGUCCAAGAUAUUGGUGAGAAGUAUGCGUUCAGACGUAACAUCGUGCCCAUCUCCGUUUUCUUCAUCGCUGUUAUCUAUACCUCUGUAUCCAAUGCUCUCUGUGCAAGUCUCGUCAUAUACGUCUCACAUGUACAGGUGUCUGUUGAACUCUAUAAAUUGCUCGAUUCUCUAUCAUCAGAAUGCCUUGUUCUGCUGGAUCAUCUUUCUCAGCAAGAAGUCAUCCACAUCAAGCCUUGA